AUGAGUCCGAAAAGGGUUAAAGACCUUCUAGGAGCCUUUAAGAGGAAUACGGGAAUUACGAACCUUUUUUCACGACGCGGAAGGGCUACAUCGCAAACCGGGAGUCCAAAUGCUGAAGGACGCGUCCGAAAGAGUGCCUUCGCUGAACGUUUCGACCUCACUGAUUUUGGAGGGCCUGAUCUCGAGACCGAUAAUAAUCACAGUCAUGGUAGUGAUAAUGAGGAAGGAGAAUUGAAUACCGGUGACGUCGCGGAGUUGCCAGCACUUAACACGGCAGCAGGAGCAGCUACAUUUCCAACCUCACAACCACAACCACAACCUCCCUCCAUCAUCACCAGCGACGACCCAAAUAUCAUCUCAGGAAUCUUUAACACCAAUACUGCUUGGCUAAGAGAAAACCUCUCCGAUAUCCUACCUCCUGAAUCCUUUUUACCUUACGGAAUUACCCAGUACCAAUUGGAACCUGAGCAAGACGCUAAGAUGGGGAAGAAUAAAACAGCUAAACAAGCUGCCCGUCGCAAGCAUGCCAAAGCGGCUGCAGAAGCCAGCCGGAAAUCAUCUAUGCCAUCUACCCAAGCUCCGGAGGCCCCUACAAAACCGGACGUUCCCAAAGGCCCCGCUUCAAACGUCGAAGUGAAGGACGAACAAAGUGCCCAAGACCCUAGCAUUGGUCCGCAAAACAUCAUCGCCUCACCAACCAUUGGUUCGGGGACCAAGUUUCCCGAAACCGCCAGUACCAACUCAAGCAAUGGUACUCAGCCGGCUAAAGAUAGCCUCAUUGUCGAUCCCAAACUCUUUGGUCUUGUCACAGACAUCGGAAUAUUCACCAGAUGGAAGCGACAGGACUUCCUUAAUCUCAGCCGCAACGACUUACUUGUCUUCAUCCACCUCUAUCGUCGAGACAUGAUGCCAACGGCCAAACAUAAUUUUGGCCAAGUCAGAAGAAUCUUCUUCAACGAGGUCUAUGGGGAAUAUUACUGGAUCUCUUGGGUCCGUGAUAUCAUCCUGGCCUUUCUUCGAAGUUCCUCCGCCAUUGAGCUGGCUGGAGAAGAAACAGUUGCAACAUUGAAGACCGCGGCCGAGGAUGUCGACUUCCUCGGAAAGUUGGCACCAGAAUUCAAGGCACUGUGCCUAGAGCGUUUGGCCCAAUACAACGCUCGACGUAUUGAGGCUUCUGAAGAGGAGGAGAAGGGCACCGGGAUGCCCAAAGAAAAUCCCGGUGGAAUCAAAAUCGACGUUUCCGUCGGUUCUGUUGGGGGGAGGAAGAGCAGGAAGAAGGAAAAUAAGGGGAAGGGGAAGGGGAAGGAGAUGGGUGACGAUGGGGAGGAGGAUGAGGAAGAGGAGGCCGCCUCCCCAGCCUCACAAGUCCUUGAAGUCAAGGACAUUGACAGCUUGGUAACUGCAUUUGCAGCUGCCCUGCUACGAAGCUGUUCCUAA